AUGCAACAGUGUCAGUUAUCAUCAAGUUGGUCUUUGUCUACAUUAAUGCCAUUGAACUCUCAGAGCAUGCAGAUGACUUUGAAGCUUGAGCAACUAUCACCGACUUGGAGGACGCUGAAUAGCAAAAAGACGUCUGCGAAGUAAUGAGCAGUGAGUGAAAAUGGCUACUAAUAGGAUAUAGUCAGGGUGGUAGCUAGAAAUUUGAAUUUUAUGGUUGGGGAAAGCGGAAGAGAUUAAAGAGAGAUAUAUGGAAAUAGCAUUCUGCUAAUGAGAAAUUCCUAAUUACAUUCAGUGAGCUUGUCAUAUUCGGAUUGCUGUCAUAAAACACCAUCACCAGAUAAACUUCCUCCUAGUCUCCUAUAAAUAACAAACAAAGCUGAGUCUUCCCAAGCAAAUUCAGCACAGAGAGAAAAUAUGGCAUUAGGUGGCAAAAAAAUCUGCGGCAAAUGGGUAUUUGGGUUCUUGGUGAUUGCAGUGAUCACAAGUUCGAGAGCCACUGCAGACAUAAUAUCUUGUGGGGAUGCCAUAGCUGCUCUGAUCCCAUGUGAGGCCUUCUUGCUAGGUUCAAGUCUCCCUACUCCAAGCUCUGACUGCUGCUCAGGUGCUCGGAACCUUGAGUCAAUGGCCAAUACUGUAGAGAAGAGGAGGGCUCUGUGUCAGUGCUUUGAGCAGACUAGUCCGUCCUUCGGGGUCAAACCUGACAGAGUGAAUUCACUUCCUCUGUACUGCAAGCUUAAGAUCACUCUUCCUGCUGAGCCACAUUAUGACUGCUCCAAAAUUCCAUGACCGAAGUGAAGUGCUGGCUUCUGAAAUCGGGGCGCUGGCCAUAUUUAUCAAAAAGCAAAGAUCUUACCGAGAGAGACAGCAAUGUAUUCAAGAUUAAAUAGAUCACCGUGUAAUCUAUAUUGAUAUGUCAUUUUCAGCUGCAUCAUAUAUAUCUCUGAACCCAUAUAUCUCUGAACCCAUGUUAUCUUAUUGUAUUGUAAGACUCCUAAAAAAGUCAAAACCCACUUCUGCCAUUUCCAUUUUGAACCUUUAUGAAAGAGUCAGGAGGGGUUAACAAUUUACUGA